AUGAUUCAGUUGGUCCGACGUCGCCUGGAUUGUGGCCACAAUAUCAACGUUCCAUGUCAUGAAGGCGAGGUGGAAAAGCAGUGCGAAGUGAAAGUUCCACAAGAUCUGGAGCGUUGUGGUCAUUCUGUUAUGAUGCCGUGUUACGCUGGCACGAAUCCAAGUCAUUGUCCUGCUCAGUGUGGCAAGGAACUUCCGUGUGGACACAAUUGCCUUCGAAGAUGUGGCGAAUGUUUUGAUGGUAAGCGAUGUGGUGUGCCAUGCGAGCCUUGUAUUUCUCCUUGUCUCACAAGUUGUAAGCAUCAGGACUGCGGCAGCAGUGACCGUUAUCAAGUACUGAAAUAUGGCCGAAAUUGCUCGGAAUUGUGUGUGCUUUGUCCAAAGCUUUGCGACAACAGUUGUCAGCAUCGCAGUUGUAGUAAGAAGUGCUAUGAAGUAUGCGAUGUGCGACCGUGCGAGCAAUCAUGCACGAUGCGACUGUCAUGUGGCCACGGCUGUCUAGGAAUGUGCGGGGAAGUUUGUCCA